AUGGAAUUGGUCAGAGGGGUGGACAUUGAGGGUGAUGAUGUCAUUGAGCUGUCAGCCAGCGCGGGCAGUGAUUGGCCGCGGGGCCUCUCGGGGGCGGGAGCAGCAGGCCGUGCCCAUCGUGAGGGGUACGCGGCCGCCAUGGCGGCGCCUCAGGCGGCGGCUCAGGCGGCGGCAGCGUUCGGGAGCGGCCCCGGGGCCGCGGGAGCGAAGCUGCCCGAGCCGCUGGGGCUGCUGGAGCUCUGCGGGGCCUGCAGACAACGCCUGAGCCCGCAGCGGGAACCGAGACUGCUGCCCUGCCUGCACUCCAUGUGCCGGGGCUGCAUCGGGAACGGGCAUGGAGAGCGGAACGGUGAGGGGAUGCUGGGGGUUAAUGGGGAUACUGGGGGGUACUGGGGUUACAGGGAGCACUGGGAGCCGCGGCUGCUGCCCUGCCUGCACUCCGUGUGCCGGGGCUGCGUCGGGAAUGGGCAUGGAGACCGGAAAGCGUCCCCUGUGUGUCCCCCGCGUGUCCCCUCCAUGUCCCCGUGUGUCCCCAGCUCUCGGCGCGUGUCGGACGCGCAGCAGCGGCUGCAGGUGGAGGUCAAGCUGGCCGUCCUGCAGGCCAUGAGGGAGCUCAACAAACGCGCCAAGGCCCUGAUGGGGGACAUCCAGGUGAGGCUGUCCCCACCCCUGAGUGUCCCUGAGUGUCCCCUGAGUGUCCCUGAGUGUCACGGUGUCACGCGCGUGGCGGGAAGCGGCAGCGCCUGGGCGCGGGUCGCCGCAGAGCGGCGCGUGGCGGCUGCAGGAGGCGCGCGCUGCGCGCUCGCGCCACGCCACGGCGCCGCCCUGCUGCUCUCCAGGAGGCUGGUGCAGGCGCAGCUGCUGGGGGCCCUGGGGGUGCCCCUGGAGCCCCCCGAGCCUCAGGGGGAGCUGCGGUUCCAGUGGGACCUGCAGGGAUGGACCCGCAGCGCCCAGAGCUCCGGUGCCAUCAUCUCGGAGCCGCCCCCCCCCUCGCGGAGCCCCCCCCGCGGCCCCUCCCCCACCAAGCAGGGCCACCCCCAGGUUGUCACCGGGGGCCAGGUGACACCGGAGCUGCUCCUGCAGGGCCCCCCCCGGCUGUCACCUCCCCCCCAGGUGUCACCUCCCCCCCGGAUGUCACCUCCCCCCCUGGAGCCAGCGGCCACCCCCAGCCCCCAGCUGGCCACCAGCCCUGAGAAUGGCGUCACUGCUGGGAGGACGAGGAUCCCCAGCCGUUCCCCCCGUGAGGAGAAGCUCGUUAAGAAGCUGCUCAUUAAACGGAGGGGCCCCCCCUCGGGCCAGGGCAGCCCCCCCAGGCUCCCCAAGCAGCCUCGGGUGAGCCUGGAGCGCCUGGAGCUGGACCUGGAGCUGGACCCGGCGCAGCCGCCCGUGUUCCGCAUCUUCCCGGGGCCUUCGGCGCAGGAGUUCAGCCUCAUCGUCAUCGAGCAGGGCGCGCAGGGGACACCGGGGACACCGGGGACAGCCGGCACCGAGGGGACAGCGGGGACACAAGGGACAGAUGGGACAGAAGGGACGGAAGGGACAGUGCAGCCACACGGAGCCCUCCUGGUCAAGGAGGAGCAGCAGGAGUCGCCCAUCGGUGACACCGGUGACAUUGGGGACACCAAACCCGUGGGGCUGCUGCCCCCUCCCCCGGGGGAUCCGGGCCCUGCCCCGGGGGUCCUGGGGGUCCCCGUGGGGGUCCCGGGGGUCCUGGGCUCCCCGUGGGGGUGCUGCCGCGUGUGCGGCCAGGCCGGGGCCGUGGUGAUGUGUGACCGCUGCCAGCGCUGCUUCCACCUGCACUGCCACCUGCCCGCCCUGCACGACGUGCCCAGCCCCGAGUGGACGUGUUUGCUGUGCCAGGAGCUGCCCCCUCCCCUCCCGCAGCCGGAGCCGGAUCCGGAGCAGGGCCCCCCAGUGAAACUGAGCCCCCAGGACCAGCAGCGCUGCGAGUUCGUGCUGCUGGAGCUGCUGUGCCACGAGCCCUGCCGGCCCCUGCAGCGCCUCUGCAGCACCCCGGAGGGCGGGGACGCCAUGGACCUGACGCUGAUGCGGGCGCGGCUGCAGGAGAAGCUGAGCCCCCACUACCGCAGCCCCGAGGAGUUUGCCCGCGACGGCUGGCGCCUGCUGCGCCAGUUCCACCGCCUCACCGAGGACAAGGCGGACGUCCAGUCCAUCCUGGAGCUGCAGCGUUUCCUCGAGAGCCGCCUCAGCGCCGCCUUCGGCGACCAGAAAUUCUCCAGGCUCCUGCUGGAUCCCGAGGAAACCCUGGAGAGGAACAGCAGGAAAGGUUUCCUCAGAGGGCCGAGCCACGAAUGGAAAAGGAAAGAACGAAAACCAAAAGCAGCUGGCUCGGACUCGGUCUGAGACAGCCGGGCCCUGGAUUGGCCGUUCACGAUAAACAUCCACGACUGCCAGUCGCAGAUGGACCCGCUGCAUUGCACAGCAGCAGAUAAUUGUUGUUCACGUCUCGCUGCUGAAGCUGCUCAGCCUCAGCAGGAAAAGUCCCGAGAAAGGAUUUUUGCAGAAGAAAUGUCUGCGACACAAUUUCCCCUUCCAGGACCCCAAAUUUCCCUUCCAGAACCCCAAAUUUCCCCUCCCAGGACCCAAUUUUCCCUUCCAGAACCCCAAUUUCCCCUCUUAGGACCCAAUUUCCCUUCCCAGAACCCCAAUUUCUCCUCCUAGGACUCAGAUUUUCUCAAUUUCCCCUUUCAGGACCCCAAUUUCCCCUUCCAGAACCCCAAUUUCCCCUUUCAGGACCCAAAUUACACCUCCCAGGAUCCCAAUUCCCUCUUUUAGGACCCCAAUUUCCUCUCUCAGGACCCAAAUUUCCCCUCCUAGGACCCCAAUUUCCCCUCACAGGACUCAGAUUUUCUCUCUCAGGACCCCAAUUCCCCUUCCCAGCACCAAAGUUCCCCUCUCAGGACCCCAAUUUCCUCUCCCAGCACCCCAAUUCCCCUCUCAGAACCCAAAUUUCCCCUCCCAGCACCCCAAUUCCCCUCUUAGGACCCCAAUUUCCUCUUUUAGAACCCAAAUUUCCCCUCCCAGCGCCCCAAUUCCCCUCUUAGGACCCCAAUUUCCCCUCCUAGGACCCCAAUUUCUCCCAGAACCCCAAUUUCCCCUUCCAGAACCCCAAUUCCCCUCCCAGCACCCCGAUUUUCCCCCAUGGGUUUGGGUUCCCCCCAGGCCCCCCGGGAUGUGGGGGUGUCCCUGUCCCCCCCUCAGCCUGGGGUCACGAGGGAAAAUAAAGCCCUG